GUCAAUCGCGCGUAAAGUUGUGUUGACAGCAGCGGUAGUGACAGCAGCAGCAUCUGAGCCUAAUGGAGGACUGAUACAGAAUUUAAAAUCCACACCAAUUUAUUUUAAUCUGUAGCUUUCACCGAACAAACUGCGACACCAUGGCGGAAGACCAGACAUCCCAAUCCUGGUCUAUCGACAAAGAUGACUAUGAACUGAACGAGGUUAUAGGGAGUGGAGCCACAGCAGUGGUCCAAGCAGCUUUUUGCAAACCCCGGAAGGAGAAGGUGGCUAUCAAGCGCAUCAACCUGGAAAAAUGUCAAACUAGCAUGGAUGAACUUCUGAAAGAGAUCCAAGCAAUGAGUCAGUGCCAUCACCCAAACAUUGUGUCAUAUUACACAUCAUUUGUGGUGAAAGAUGAACUAUGGCUUGUGAUGAAGCUCCUCAGUGGCGGCUCUGUAUUGGACAUUAUUAAGCAUAUCAUCUCUCGUGGUGAGCAUAAGACUGGAGUGUUGGAUGAGGCCAGCAUUGCAACAAUUCUGAAGGAGGUUCUGGAAGGGCUGGAGUACCUCCAUAAAAAUGGGCAGAUUCAUCGGGAUUUAAAAGCUGGAAAUAUUCUACUCGGGGAGGAUGGCUCUGUGCAAAUUGCUGACUUUGGUGUAAGUGCCUUUCUAGCAACUGGAGGAGACAUGACAAGGAACAAAGUUCGUAAAACAUUUGUUGGUACGCCAUGCUGGAUGGCACCUGAGGUCAUGGAGCAGGUACGUGGUUAUGACUUUAAAGCUGACAUCUGGAGUUUUGGUAUCACUGCUAUUGAGUUAGCAACUGGAGCUGCACCAUAUCACAAAUACCCACCAAUGAAGGUGCUAAUGCUGACAUUGCAGAAUGAUCCACCUUGCCUUGAGACUGGAAUCACAGAUAAGGAAAUGGUAAAAAAGUAUGGCAAGUCUUUCAGGAAAAUGCUUUCUCUGUGUUUACAAAAGGAUCCAGAAAAAAGGCCAACAGCUGCUGAGCUAUUGAAGCACAAAUUCUUCACUAAAGCUAAGAACAAUGAAUACUUGCAAGAGAGGCUUCUCCAUAAAGGGCCAACAAUAACGGAGCGAUCAAAGAAGGUGCGCCGUGUACCAGGCUCUAGUGGCCGUCUCCAUAAAACGGAGGAUGGAGGUUGGGAGUGGAGUGAUGAUGAGCUGGACGAAGAAAGUGAGGAAGGCAAAGCUGCAGUGGCUGCUCUAAGGUCUCCCAGAGUGAAGGACGGCUCCCAGAACAUGGAGAUUUUCCAGCCAACAGAUGGCGCCACAGGACUUUUACAGCCUGGUGGUCCAACCUAUGAGAGCCCUGUGAUUGCUCCUGUGAAUGUGGGACAGUCUGUGGAGGAUACUCCUUCUCUGGCUCCACAGCCUCCUGCAAACACACAAAGCCCCUCACAUGUUCCCACCAUACAGGAUCCCAGUGCAGCCAAUGCUAGUGUUUCCAUCAGUCUUGUGCUUAGACUGAGAAACCCCAAGAAGGAGUUGAAUGACAUUCGUUUUGACUUUAUGCCCGGCAGAGACUCCGCAGACGGGGUUUCUCAAGAGUUGGUUUCAGCUGGACUGGUGGAUGGGAGGGAUCUAGUUAUUGUUGCAGCCAAUUUGCAAAAGAUUGUUGAUGACCCUCACAGUAACAAAAAUGUGACCUUCAAACUGGCCUCUGGUGUGGAGGAAUCAGAAAUCCCGGACGACAUUAAACUCAUUGGAUUUGCUCAGCUCAGCAUCAGUUAAACUGUAAACAGCACCACGGACAGUAACCGAUGGUAUUGCACAGCUGCAUUGUAGUCAAUUCCAAGAAACCACUACUGCCAAAGAGUGAAGAGGAGCGAGAGGAUUUACAAAGCUGGCAGCGGUGACGCGCUACUGCAGUCUGAGGUCCAUGCGGACAGGGCACAGCUCAAACACAGGAACCACACUUGAACGUUUACAGUGCGCUUACAAAUGGGGAGAGAGAUGCAAUCAACUAUAUCCACUUAUUAUUGUGUUUUGUUUUAGCUGUAAUUGCUUCCUUGUUUCUUUCAUGAGCACAAUCCAUCUGCUGCCAGUACUGGAAGUGAUUUGCCUUUAUUAUUCUUUUACUAUUAUUAUUAUUUUAAAGUAACAGUGCCACACAAGUAUCGUGCCAGCUUUUUAUGGCACUUUAUGCUACACUGAGUAAAAAAAAAGUGUAAUAUCCGCCUUAGUCAAACAAAUUAAAUUUUUCUAGUGUGAUUGAUUUAAUGGGUGUAGAUUGAGUAAUACCCAUUAGCUGCGCACUAGGAACUUUUAUUUACUUGUCUUUAAAUUUCAGCUCUGAUUUUAAUUAAAGAGAUUGUAUCUUUAUGAAGAGCAGUGUUGCAGUGCAAUGAAUUUUCCCCUCAGCAUCAGUGCAUGUACCGUAACAGAUAUCAACGACUGGCCGUUAUCAACAGGCUUUAGGUUUCUGGGUUUUUUAAAAGUAUUAUUCACAGGUGGUUGGUCCAUAUCCUUGUACUAUGCAAAGUUGUUUUUCUUUCUUUUUCUGUUAAUUUCUUGGCUGUAGCAACAUCUUUUUGGGACUGAAAACAUUUUAACAUAUCUAUCUCUGCUUGUAUCAGCUAAGGUAUGGGAAGAGUGAACCUCUUGCAGCAUUUGGUUAACACAAAUAUCUUUUUAUUCUGAUCAACCUAAUAAGAGGGAGUGCCUAUUUGGUCUUUAAAAGCUGAGAGGAUCCUGAAUGCUGAUGGAGAUGCUGGUGUUUUGGACACUUUGUUUUUGAACGCUUUUACAUUAUUGAACCUCUGAGGUGAAGUGCAUGCUCACCAAUGUAAAACAAACCAGAACAACAGGUCAAUGAAACGGUUUGAACCAAAAGUAUAAAAAUGAAGCCUAGUUCAUAGUGCUAACAAAAUUGGUAUAUUUGUUCAUCAGAAUGUUUGUUACAACUCUGUGACAAGAGUAAUGUGUAACAUCAGUUAUUAAAAUAAUAACUAAUCAAUCAUAUUUUUUGGAUACAUUUGAAUUUGACAAACUAGCAGCAUUGACUGAUCAAAUGGGUAAUGACUGAAAACACUACAUACAUUUCUUUUCAACCAUCUGUGUUCCAGGUUUAUUUCCCCUUUUCUCUUGGCUGAACAGUUUCUUUAAGACAUUAAGUUCUGCAGUUUGGGUAGAAAGGCCUUUUUUUAAAUUAAAGAGAAAACACUUGUACAAUGUUGCUCCCAGUUUGGCUGUUAAAAUACAUGAAGACUGUCUCUAAUGCGCCCCCUUUGUUCAGGUACAAAUGUAAACUGACUUAUGUAAAGAUGUCAUAACUGUUUAUAACUGCAUUGUCACACCCACACCAUGAGGUUUGUGUGUAAUGUUGAAGUGUACAUGUCCAGAUAAAAUCAUUUUAAUUGUAAAUAAGAAAAAGUGCUCUCAA